AUGAAGACUUCUCAAUUCUUUGUGAUUUUCUUCGUACUUUAUAUUUUGGAAUCCAGGAUAACUUCAAGUGCCGGGAUCGAUGCCUUGGAAAACUAUCAACUUGGGCUUCAAUUUUGUCCGAUUCCCAAAACUGGUUCGACAAUCACGCACACAAUGCUUUGUGACAUUCACAGAGAAUACCGGGGAAUCUUCUUUGAAAGGAAAUAUUCAAGCGAUCUCGGUGGAGACAAUGAUUGCAAAUUGAAUGACUGGUACCCAGAGCAUCACAAAGCAUUUUGGGCAAAGCGAAAAGUGCCACUGAAGUUCACUAUAGUAAGAGAUCCCAUUGAUCGAUUUGUUUCAUUGUACGGAAGCGCUUGCGACCAACUCAAAAUGUGUAAAGAUCGUGAUAUUCACGAGUUUGCUCAUUGGGUGAACAAUAUGCGGAAACAAAGGGGUGCUGCUGCUCGCAAGAUAAGAGAUGGAGAGGGACAUGAGCUGUAUCGAUGGAUCUUCUAUCACGCUCUUCCACAAACAAGCUUUUGCAAUCUGGUAGCUGAUCGUGAAAGAAGUUGUUUAGUCGGGCUGGGAUUCCGGAAAGGGUUUCAGAGAGGGCUCUUCUUCAUU